AUGAAGGAUACAAGGAAUACCCCCAGCAGCAGCAGCAGCAGCAACAGCAGCAGCAGCAACAGCAGCAGCAGCAACAGCAGCAGCAGCAGCAGCAGCAGCGAGUGUGGUGCAGCAGCACCACGCAUGCGACCAAAGGGUACUCCUUUCUUACAUCCUCCUAGUCUAACUACAUCUAAUAGACUGCGGCAGCAGCAGCUGCUGCUGCAGCAGCUGCAGCAGCAGCAACUACAGCAGCAGCAGCAGAAAGAGCAGCAGAAGCAGCAGCAAAAAAGGCAGAAACCCCGCGUAUAUCUUCAUCCUUCAGUACAAGGAGCCAGGAAGCAAUCCCCUGCUGCUAAAUCUGCUGCUGCUGCUGCUGCUGCUGAUGCUGCUGCUGCAGCAAAAGCAGCACGAGAAGAGUCUGCAGCAGCAGCAGCUGCAGCAGCAGCAGAAGCAGCAGAUGCAGCAGAUGCCUCAACAGCUGACAACCAGCUUGUUUUGCUUGAUGAGCAAGACAUCAAUAACUCUAGCAGCAGCAGCAGCAGCAGCAGCAGCAGCAGCAACAGCAGCAGCAGCAGCAGCAGCAAGAGGAGAAGGGGCCUCCUCUGUAAGGCCCUUAAGGACUCUCUUGCUGCACAGGGGAUCCGAUCCCUCACGGAGGUGCAGCGCAAGGCUAUACCACAUAUACUUGCAGGUACAGCAGCAGCAGCAGCAGCAGCAGCAGCAGCAGCAGCAGCAAAGUCUGUAGCCAGCUAG